AUGCGUCGAUAUGUGCCUAUCCAGCCCGCUAGCUCUGCUAGUCGCGAGAACCUUGAAAGCUCUGAAUCCAGUUCGGGUAAUGCGUCAACAACCAAGCGACGCCGUAUAGGCGUGUCUAUAGCCUGUAACGCCUGUCGUCGUAGGAAAAUUAGGUGCGACGGGUUACGGCCGAACUGUUCGAACUGUAAAGACAGUCCCGAACCCUGUAUUUACAGAAAUGAUUCCGAAUUGUCCCACGACUCAAAGUUACUCUUGCUUGAAGUCAUACGUCUCUUGAAUUCCAUUCCCGAUGAUGAAACGCUAGAGAGGUUACGAGUUCUAAGGAGAGAGAUUGAUACCUCAGUUAUUUUAACAAUAUUGAGGCAGGAUGUUGACUCCAGCCAACAACCUUUAGACAAGUCUGAAUCAAGUUCUGAAGGGGGAGACCCGUUUCAAGUCCUGGAACUCUCUUCUCAGUACCCCAACGUAUACCCUAUGGUACCUCAUCGGAGCAUGGAAACUUUGCGGGAGACAACCUAUCAGCAGCUUAUUGUGGGAGGCAGGGGCAGGCACCAAUCGACCCCAGCGCAAACCGAAGAUCCAAACCCAAUAGAUUCAGUUUCAGAAAUCUAUGACCCACGUCUUUCCAGGUUGAAUAUUCAUUUAUGGACCAAGGUGCCGAUAUCUAGCGAGCUUGCUGCGCGGACUAUCACCUUGUACCUUGAAACCGACCACCCUCUUUUAGGCUUUUUCGAGCCUGAUCUAUUUUUAUCGGAUCUCAUAGAGGGCAAGACCAAAUAUUGCUCUUCGCUGCUAGUCAACUCUCUGCUAUACUGGGCAAGUGGAUCUGAUGAUAGUUCAUUCACACUCCAGUUUUGUGCGGAAGCAGAACAGCUAUGGCCGCAAUUUCUGAGUUUAGGAUACCUAGGCCAGGGACGGGAUCACGUAGUUUUGUCAUACGCCUCCGAGGCCUCUCGCAUGGCUGUUCGACUGGGCUUAUUCGGGGUCCAAGAAGACAAUCCUGCGCUCCAAGAAAUAUCCAUACUAUCAAAGGAGUCCAGGAAGGCUUAUAUGUAUGCGGCCUGGGGUUCUUUCAAUUGUGCAACCUAUAUGUCUUUGUUUUAUCGCCAACCGGGUUUAGUACCUCCAGAAUGCCCUCCACAUUUACCAGUGCCCGAAAUUCAGGAAAAUAAGGACUCUGAGAACAAGAAGACUGAAGAUAUCGACUACAAGGGAGGCGUGUUUCCGCAAUUAUGCCACUUUUGGUCCAUUUUGCAUGAAGUCGCAUUGCUGUACGCCGGAAAUGAGAAGCCCUCCACUGACUCAAGAAGCCUACGUUUUGCGGAGUAUAAAUUUCGCGAGUUAUUAGCAUGGAGCAAUAGUUUGCCAAACGACCUCUGCCGAAACGACCAAAAUCCGCAUUAUGUUCAGGUUAUGCAUAUUUGGCUACAUGCAUCUAUCCUCGAUAUAUUCAGAUACGGAGUUUCCGGUCCAUUACGUCACAGUCAUUUGCGAACCUUUAGCAGCCCAGAGAGCUCUGCGGACAGGGCUGAAAUUCUCUUCUUAUCUUACUCUAUUUUGUGGCAUGCUGCCUUAAUUUACCUUGCAAACGCGCUUUUAUACCAACCAAAAGAAGAGGAUUGGGUGUUUUACUUUUUGCUUUGCGUAUACGGCUACGAGCGACUCCACACGCAUUGGCGUGUUACAAAGUCGAUUUCCACUGCCCUCUUAUCCCUGGCAUUGCGGAAAGGGGAUAUCUCAAGUACUGCAGCACGGCACAUCCUAACAGAUCUGGAUCAAAGUACAACCUCCGAUGCAGAUCCUUUGGAUGAGGCUAUAAGAGCAGGUUUUAUGGCAGAUUUAGAUCUUGAAGGUCCUAUCUCGAACUCUACGACGGUAGAGAAUCUAGCCUAUGAUAUUGACGAUAAUCUCUUGCUAGAGGAAUUUACCAAUGCUUCUGGAUUAGAAUAA